AUGACGACGACCGCGGCCAUGAAACGAAGGCUACAAAUUCGGUCCCUGUCUGUACAUCGCACCCUCACAAUGGUGCGUUGUCUCUACUCCCUUUUCGAGUUUCUAUCUAUACACUUACAGCCUGUUGCAUCACCCUUUCAUACAGACAGUUUUCGAAAGGUAAUCAGCCGCAUUGAUGAUCACGAUGCCGAGACACGCUGCCGUGAAGAGAUGACCGACAACAUGGCUGGACAGCCCAUCCACGGCCGCAGCUGUGACCGUCCCACAAGACAUGAUAGCAGUGGAAGAAGCAGCAGCGAAACUCUACCAAACGACAGCGAUGAUGCCUCGGACCCCGAUAACCUUAUUGUAUCCUGGGAAGAUAACGACCGCGAGAACCCGUAUAACUGGUCGACGGGGAAAAAGCUCUCCACCCUCACAAUAUCCCUGUUAAUUGUCAUCAACAGCAACUUGGGAACGUCCCUGCCGAGCAAUGCAGUGUCGUAUAUUGUGGCCGAAUGGCCAAUCUCAUCGACAAUUCAAAAGGUCCUGCCAAAUUCAAUGUACCUUGUUGGCUACGUGUUUGGCCCGCUUGUGUGGGCUCCUCUAAGCGAGCAGGUGGGCCGCCGGCUCAUCAUGGUUUUUACCUUUUUUGUCUUCAUUGUCUUCACCAUGGCGUGUGCACUGGCGCCAAACUGGCCCGUCUUUCUGGUGUUCCGCCUUAUCUGCGGCGUCUCCGCCUCCUCACCUGUUGUUCUGGUGGCCGGCGUAAUGGCCGACAUGUACGGGGACCCGAAGACGCGAGGCCGUGCGGUCGCCGUGUUCUUGGGAACAACCUUGAUUGGCUCUCUGACGGGACCCAUUGUGUCCGGGUUCUGCGCCCCGGCCAUCGGCUGGCGCUGGAGCUUUUGGGUAGCGCUCAUCUUUGCCGGCGUCUGUGCGGGACCGCUGCUGCUGAUGCCCGAAACAUACGGACCCGUGCUUCUCGCCCAGCGGGCAAAAAAGAUGCGUCGUGAGGAUGGGUUCGACGAUAGUUCCGCGUCGGCUCCGAAGCGUCCAGGCCGCCCCGUUGCCCCCCACGAAAUCGACCUGGCCGGCCAGUCGUGGCGUGAGCUGGCCAGCGUUGUGCUCACUCGCCCCUUGCGUAUGAUGUUGGGCGAGCUGAUCGUCAGCUGUGUGUGCGCGUACGUGGCGCUGGUAUAUGCCAUCUUCUACAUGACCUUCCAGGCCUUUCCUCUCAUCUUCGAGGGCAUCUACGGCUUCUCUCCCGGAGUGUGCGGCUUGAUCUUCUUGCCCAUCGGCUCUGGUGCUCUACUGAUGGUACCCAUCUUUCUUGCAUACGACCACUAUUUGCAGGUUGCCGUCACCCGCGGUGAAGCCUGGACGCAGCGUGAGGAGUACCGCCGGCUGCCGCUGGCCUGUCUUGGCGGUCCGUUGUUUGUCGUGAGCCUCUUCUGGCUUGGCUGGAGCUCACGCAGCGACGUGUCGUUUGUGGUGCCCAUGUUGGCCGGAAUUCCCUUUGGUAUGGGCUUUUUGCUCAUCUUCAUGGCAUUGACCAACUACAUCACUGAUGCAUACGAAAUAUUUGCCGCAUCAGCUAAUGCCGCCACAUCCACGACCCGCUCGCUAUUGGCCACUGUACUACCACUUGCUACCACACCACUCUUCACACGCUUAACGAUCUCAGGUGCUUGCAGUUUACUCGGCGGUUUGAGCUUGCUCAUGUGCGCCAUCCCCUUUCUGUUCAUCUGGAAGGGCGAGCGCAUUCGUGCCGGCAGCCACUUCUGCAAUGUGCUGCGUGAGCGCAAGGCCGAUAUGGAGCGCAAGGUUGAGGAACAGCGUCACAGACAACCCGCACUACAGGGGCCACUAAUGAAAAUGGAAAAAGUUGCCAGCGCCACGGAGCGAAUAACCAUGUCUGUGUGA